UUUCACACUUCAAAAUUUGCUGCAUUUCGAAGAAUAACAUAUGGGGAAGGAAGAAGGCGAGGCUCCUCCACACACGGAGGCGGGAAGUGAACACUUUUCAACGUCGUCAUCACUGUUUCCGGUUUUCCCACAGUUCUCUAAUUCUGAAGCCGCCGUUCCUGAAUGGCUUUCCAAUUCCAGCUUCAAGACCGACCUAUCCGUCAUAAACGACGCUCUAUCGACGCACUACAGUCACGACCAGUCCCAGUACGAAGACAAAGUGCGAGAAGAUGAAGAAGAAGAGGAAGGGAAGGAAGUCGACAAGGAAGCGAAUACCAAGCGAAAGCAGUACGAGUUGCUGGACUCCGACGCAUCUGAUUCCGGCAAUUUAUCGUCUAACCCUUCGGAAGAAGAUAGGAAGGGCAGCAGUAGGGAUAGGCGGUCGAAAAAGAAGAAGAGAGGAAGAAGAAGUGAGCGUUCUAAUGAUGGACGUCCGCCGCCUUACAAGAGUGAGCUUUUCUCUUCGCGAAAAUCAGAUGUGGGAAACUGGGCAUCAUCUUCUGCUGUUGACACCACGAACGCCAAAGACUAUUACUUUGACUCCCGUGGAGAUCGUGAUAACUUGGCCUUCGGAUGCCUAUACAAAAUGGAUGUUCCUCGGUACAAGCUUCAUAAUUCUAGGAAAAUGUUUGAGAUUAAUUAUUACAUGAAUAUUGGCCAGAGCAUUCUUUAUGCAGACGGUGAUGUUGAUGCACUGGAUAGCAAACUUAGAGCCGAGGGUCGCUACUGGUCUGCAAAGUGUGCCGCAGUAGAGCGUCAUAAGAACUUGAAGCGAACUCGAAUAAUUUCCCGUGCAAGGCCCCAGAUACAACACUCAUCUGAUUUCAUCCCUUUGUGCGAUGAAGAACCGGGAGGUGAAUCCGUUUCAGGGACUUCCGUGCUGGAUGAAUCAUGGGAAGAUGAGAUGUUACGCAAGACGAAGGAGUUCAAUAAGAUGACAAGAGAUAGACCACAUGAUGUUAAAGUUUGGUUAGAUUUUGCAAAUUUUCAGGACAAGGUUGCCAGUAUGCAGCAACACAAACUUGCUCGUCUGCAAAUACUUGAGAAGAAAAUAAGUAUUCUUGAGAAGGCUACUGAACUUAAUCCAGAUAGUGAAGACCUGCUUCUCUCUCUUAUGAAGGCUUACCAGAGAAGAGAUAGUACAGAUGUACUGAUUAGUCGGUGGGAAAAGAUUCUUCUUCAAAACUCUGAUAGUUACCUGUUGUGGAGAGAAUUUUUGCGGGUUGUUCAGGGUGAAUUUUCUAGAUUUAAGGUGUCAGAAAUGAGAAAAGUUUAUGCAAAUGCAAUACAAGCUUUAUCUGGUGCAUGCAGUGCACAGCAUAGGCAGUUUAGUCAAGGUUUUACAUCAGCUUCUCUUGAUCCAGCUAUUGUAAAACUAGAAAUUGGUUUAGUUGAUAUAUUUGUGUGUCUUUGCCGGUUUGAGUGGCAAGCAGGGUACAAGGAGUUGGCCACUGCCUUGUUUCAGGCAGAGAUUGAAUACUCCUUGUUCUCCCCAUCUUUACUGAUCAGCAAACACAGUAAACAAAGACUUUUUGAACAUUUUUGGAGUAGCAAUGGUGCUAGAGUUGGUGAAGAUAGAGCUCUUGGCUGGUCAUCAUGGUUAGAGAAGGAAGAAGAACAUAGACAAGUGGCAGCAAGGGAGCAAUCUUCAAGUGAUGUUGACGAAGGUGGCUGGACUGGCUGGUCAGAACCAUUAUCAAAAAUGAAAGAACUUAAUGAUGUAUCAGAAAAGUUGACAGAUAGUGAUGGAGUUCUCGAGGAGUUAGAUGAUGGAGCCAAUAAUGAUAUAAAAGAUGAUACCGAGGCUUUGUUGAAAAUACUUGGAAUUGAUACUGCUGCUGCUGAAGCAAGUUUUGAGAUCACAGAUACGAGGACAUGGGCUAGGUGGUCAGAAGAAGAAGUAGAAAGGGAUUCAGACCAGUGGAUGCCUGUACAUGCAAAUUGUGAUGAUGACCAACUUUUGAGGGUAGUAGCAUAUGAAGAUGUCCGGGACUACUUAUUCUCAAUAUAUUCUAAGGAAGCACGCUUGUCUUUGGUAUCACAAUUUAUUGAUUUCUAUGGUGGGAGAAUUGCUCACUGGACUUGCACUAAUAGUUUUAGUUGGUCAGAGAAGACUCUUAGUCUGGAGGCAUUGACAGAUCCUCUUUUAGAUGAACUGAGAAGGGUUUAUGAAGUUUUGGUGAAAAAAGAGACACACCCAGCUGUUACAAGUUUGGAAAACAUAUUGAGCAGUGCUAAUGGGAUAUCUAUGCGCACCAGUAUGAUGGAGUUUCUCCGUAAUGCAACAUUGCUUUGUAUGACUGUAUUCCCUCAAAAUUAUGUCCUUGAAGAAGCUGCUCUUGUUGCGGAGGAGGUAUCACAUACCAUGGUGAAUUCAUCUAGCUGUUCAGUAACCCCUUGUCGAGUGCUUGCAAAGAGUCUACUGAAAAGUAACCGCCAGGAUAUAUUGUUAUGUGGAGUUUAUGCACAGAGAGAGGCAGCAUUUGGAAAUAUUGAUCAAUCUAGAAAGAUAUUUGACAUGGCGUUAUUAUCCAUUGAAGGACUUCCUGCGGAUAGUAGGAGCAAUGAGUCUCUGUUAUACCUUUGGUAUGCAGAAGUGGAGCUUGCAGAUGGUUCUGAUGGUGGCUCAGAAUCAUUUUCCCGUGCUUUACACAUUUUAUCUUGCCUGGGAAGUGGUAUGAAAUAUGCUCCAUACAAAUGUCAGCCAUCAAGCUUGCUCCAGCUAAGAGCACGCCAUGGAUUUAGAGAGAGACUAAAUUUGCUAUAUUCGACCUGGAGAUGUGGUGUGAUAGACGACCAGUCAGUUGCCCUUGUAUGUUGUGCUGCUUUGUUUGAAGAAAUAAGUACUGGAGGGACAGCCAGUAUUGAAAUUUUUGACCAAGCAUUUUCAAUGGUUCUUCCUGAAAGAAGAAGGAACAGUCAUCAUCUCGAGUCUUUGUUCAACUAUUAUCUGAACAUGCUUUCUAAACAUCACAGACAAGUAAAGCUAUCGAAAGUGUGGCAGUCUAUUGUGGAUGGGCUGCAAAUAUAUCCUUUCAGUACAAAACUGUACGGUGCAUUAGUUGAAAUCAGUCAUCUUUACUGUUCGCCGAAUAAGCUAAGGGUGAUAUUCGACCAAUACUUCAAAAGGAGUCCAUCAGUCAUUAAUUGGCUCUUCGCGUUGUCGUUUGAGAUGAGUAGAGGUGACUCUCAGCAUAGAAUACGCAGUUUUUUUGAGAAAGUAUUGGAGGAUGAGAAACUAUGCAACUCGGUGAUAAUCUGGCGCAGCUACAUCGCAUAUGAACUUGAUGUGACAUGCAACACAUCAGCUGCAAGAAGAGUAUUCUUUCGAGCAGUUCAUGCAUGCCCAUGGUCAAAAAGGUUAUGGCUUGAUGGUUUCCUCAAGCUAAAUACCAUACUAACUGCAAAGGAGCUCUCAGAUCUUCAGGAAGUAAUGCGAGAUAAAGAGCUGAAUUUGAGGACAGAUAUUUAUGAAAUUCUUCUUCAAGAUGAGAUGCAGUGCUGAUAUCACGUUGAUCUUUUGGCCCCUUGUAACUCCUGCCUGUGUGCCUUCUCCUCCGCUCUUACACAACUGAUUCAUUCCUGGCUCGCACGAAUUGUGAAUCUGUGAUCACUUCCCAUUUGGCGUAGAAUUAAGGGAAUUUGAAAGUAAUAUACUAGGAAUACAGAAGAUACUAUGUGCGCGGACUUUGUUUAACAUACCAAAUUUUCUCCAUCAGUUACGGACUUGCGGUUGUCAAUGGGCACUGCUACAUCUACCCAGUUGAGUUUAGACAAAGCCCCUGCCGGUGGUGGUUCGAGUAAUGCUCCAAGUUCUGAGUUGAAUGUGCCUGGAUUUUUCUCAUCAUUCUUGAUGAGCUGCGUUUGUACUUGAGUUGCAAAAAUGAUGCCCAUUAUUUUCUCAUCGCCCUUGAUUAGUUGCGGUGUGCUGUUGUACCACCUGUAGUGGCACAAUUUCUCCUUCCACCAUUGCUUUCCCAGUGGUUACUAUAUUAGUCUAGAGAAGCAGAACAGGGUAUUGAUAAUAUUUUUACGGUAAAGCCCUCCCCCCCACCCACCCACCCACCCGUGGCAUUGAAUGAAUCCUCCCCCAAUUUGGAUUGCAUGGAACUCAACGGAGGGUUAGUUAUGGUACUCAUAGACAUGAUGGACAAGAAUCGAUUACUCUCAAGUAUUUGCCUUUCUCCGG